CACACACACACACACACACACACACACACACACACACAGUUGCCACAGUCAUGAACUCGUCAGAAGGCAGGGGUCAGUAGCACUUGGCUUGCACAAGGAAUGUAAAUGUCUGAGGACAGGGAAGCCCAGGAGGAUGAGCUGCUUGCUUUAGCAAGUAUCUACGAUGAAGAGGAGUUCCACCGGGCGGAGUCGGCACAGGGAGGAGAGAUCCAGCUCUGUCUGGAGCUCCCCUCUGAUUUUAAAGUUGUUGUUAAAGGAGAGACACUGAGUGAAUACAAUGUCUGCUUCUUACCUCCUUUGGUGCUCAACUUUGAGAUUCCUGCGGACUAUCCAUCUACAUCCUCACCAAUCUUCACUCUCAGCUCUAAAUGGAUAACGAGAGCACAGAUGAGCUCUCUUUGCAGACGCCUGGAUGAGCUGUGGGAGGAGAACCAAGGCUAUGUGAUUCUUUUCACAUGGAUCCAGUUUCUCAAAGAGGAGGCUCUGGACUUUCUGGGCAUCCAGUCUCCUCUUGAAGUCACAAGGACAGGAGGUAAAGCGGGUGCUGAGCGCAGGAAAGCCGACCAUGCAGCCACAGCUCUGACCCAGGGCGGGAGUCAUUCUGAAAAAGCCGAAGAGAAGAAAAGAGAAGUGAAGAAGGAAAAGUGUGAACAACAGUUUCCAUCGUCUUCUCAACUGGACCCGCGGGCCGUUCUGUUGAUGGACCCGCGCGCCGACCUCCUACCUCAGCUCCUGGACUUUGACGAGACGCAGCGCCAGAGAGUGUUUGACUGCAAGGUGUUCUGCUGCGGCAUCUGCUUUGUAGAAAAACUGGGCUCCAACUGCCUCUGCUUUAAGGAGUGCCAGCAUGUCUACUGCAAGGCCUGCAUGACUGAAUACUUCCAGAUCCAAAUACGGGACGGCAACGUUCAGUGCCUUAAUUGCCCUGAGCCCAAAUGUACCUCCUUAGCCACACCUUCGCAGGUGAAGCAGCUGGUGGAUGAAGAGCUGUUUGCACGUUAUGACCGUUUGCUGCUCCAGUCCAGUCUGGACCUCAUGGCCGACGUGGUCUACUGUCCCCGCCAGUCCUGCGGCACCGCUGUUAUGGUGGAGCCAGACACAACCAUGGGCAUUUGCUCGGCCUGCCAGUAUGCCUUUUGCACACUGUGCAAGCUGGGCUAUCACGGUCUCUCCAACUGUAGAAUCAAUGCAGAUGAAUUGCGUAACCUCAAAGAUGAGUACCUGUCAGCCACUAAUGAGGGCAAAAAGUUCAUGGAGCAGCGCUUUGGGAAGAGGGUGAUCCAGAAAGCAGUGGAAGAGUCCUUUAGCAGAGACUGGCUCAAUGAGAACUGCAAAUGCUGCCCACGCUGUGGCACUAAUAUACAGAAAGUGGACGGCUGCAACAAGAUGACCUGUACCUCAUGUAGACAAUACUUCUGUUGGCUGUGUCUGGGCCUUCUCAGCAAAGUCAACCCUUACAGUCACUUUAACAACCCACAUUCACCUUGUUACAACCAACUCUUUCAUGGUGUGGAUCUUGACGAAGAAGAUGCCUUCUGGAGUGAUGAAGAGGACUGAUACUAGUGCAGUACCUCACUGCUGUAUUUUCCAUCUGAAUGCACUUUAUCUCACCUAACCAUCACUUCACCUGUGACUCUCACUACGCCUGCAGUAGCACAGCAGUGCCACUACCAUGGUGUCAUCGUUUGUGUUUUGAAUAUGAUCCGACAACUUGGGUAUAAAACAUUCAAUGCCUGGGUGUAAAUUGUUUAUAUUUACUUAACAUAUGACAGACGUCAUAAGUAUAUAGAAAUAUUCAGGCGUGAAUGUAGUCUAAAGGAAAGUUUGAGCUUUUAUCUCAGAGAAAUUCAGCUGUGAUUUGAAAUGAUUUCAGUUUGGUAUUGUGAUAUAUAUUUUCUAAAAAAAAAACACCAAAAAAAAAACAAGCCCACUCUUGUGGUUAUUGAGCAUCGAAGCCACAUACUUGCACAACUAUGUAUUGAUGCUCAUUAGUGGCUAUUGUCUUUCAAACCUUAAAAAUAUGACAGUGUCAUAGGACUGUACUUUUAAUUUUAAAAAAAAUGCAUCAAUUAGAGAACUACUUUCUUUCCUGAUUGGACAUCCACAUCAUGAUGGGUUUUGGCAUCUCACAGGUUUAUAAUGAUCAAGAGCUGAUAACUGAGCCACUGACCAAGCUCGUUUGUUACAUUAAAACACGUUUGCUACCAGUUAACCGGCAAAUUAGGUGAAAGAAGAUCUUGUAUUUGCCCUUCUUUGUCAUAUUAAAGUAUCCUGCUUGUUAAAUAGUAUCUUAAAGUAUAGCUAGCUUUAUGUCACAUGUCAAAAUUAUGACACAGCUAACUUUUCUUUUAAGCAAGCUUCAUGGGGGAUAUUUAAGUGAAUUUCAAGAUCUAAACAAGAUGCUUGCACACACACAUAGACACAUAGAGGAUGAAAGCAUUGGAGACACACCAAGAGACUCUUCACUCAACCAUAAUUCCAAAACUGAGGGUUUUUUUUUUUCAGCUUUAGUCUAAAUGGGAAACCCUUAUACUCCCCUUAGACUGAUACAAUGUGUGAAACUUUUCUCUUUUGUUUUAAUUAUGUUUAGAUGAGAUUUUUCUUGAGAUGAGAUAAUUUACAGGAACAUCAAAUGAUGAGUCAAUCAGUGUGGAAAGAGGGAAAGAGAGACAGUGGUUGUGGGGUUUAUAAUUAUUUGUUUGAGUUAUAUGUAUUUGCCCGUAGAGAAUGUAAUAAUGGAGGACAUUAAUGGUGGAUCAUCAAGACCGGUGUGAGAAAGGAAAUCCUCAUUUGGUGAACAGCCGAGGCAUUUAGUGAUGGUUUGACUAGAUUCAUUUACAUCGUUCUUUGUACAGCUGAUGUUUAAUGUUGCCAAAUAUGUUUAUGAAAGGGGGGCACAGCAUUUUGAUAAUGUCUAGAUAUACAAAAGGUAUUUUGUAUAAAGGUAAUUAUAUAUAUUUUUAACAGAUUAUCCCAUACAAGCAAUUUGGCCUGAAGUUAAACCCUCAUAUCAGAUCUGGUCUUUUUCAACAUUAAUAAAUAAAUUUGCUCCUGUGUAGACUACUUUGGGAAUUGAUGCUGGUCUGGACAGGUAAAAAGACAAUCUCUUGUUCAGUCUUGAAAUGCACAUGGAUUCACUUUACCCAUCAGUUCAGACCCACUGACCCACUUCAUGUUUCAUUCGAGAAAAGUUUUAUUCAAGAAUCUUGUUAAAAUGCAUUCAGCAUUCUGUUCCUCAAAAUAAAUGUUAUCACUUAA